AUGGAAGAACCAAAGAAGGAGCCCGCACCACCACCUCCUCCAGCAGCCGAGCCUCCUCCUCCCGAAAAACCAGCAGAACCAGUUCCACCGCCUGACAAGGCUGUUGAACCUACUCCAUCAGCGCCGGCACCUGGAGAUCAGACUGCUGGGCCGCCACCAAGAGACAAGCCUGCGGAUGCUGCAGUGGAACCGAGUGCACCGCCAGCAGGAGAAAAGCCCGCAGAGCAAGCUCCACCACCACCAGGAGAUAAGCCCGCUGAACAAGCUCCACCACCGCCAGGAGAUAAGCCUGCAGAACAAGCUCAACCACCAUCAGCAGAUAAACCUGCAGAACAAGCUCCACAGCCACCGGGAGAGAAACCAGCAGAGCAAGCUCCACCACCACCAGGAGAC